AUGGUUCGUAUUCAAAAUCCAAAAGUUUUAAAAAAAUAUAUUCAAAAACUUGAGUCACUUAAUGUUAAUGAAGUGAAUGAAGCAAAAGAAAAACUAAAUGAAUUUAUUGAUAAAGGUGUAUGUAUUGUUGAGUUGGUUGAUGAAUUUUUAAGAACACGUUCAUUUAGAUGCAUUGAAAUAUUAUGUAAUGUUAAAGUACCAUAUGAUAAAAUUUUAAUUGAAUCAAUAGAAAAACAUCUUGAAGAAAAUCCACAUGUUACAUUAAUAUUAUUGGUACAUUUGACACAAAAUUCUUCAACAUGGAUAUCAAAAUUUCCAUUUUAUAAUAAUUUUUUUGAAAAAAUAUUAAGAAAUUAUAUAUAUGAUAGUAUGGAUCCAUUAUUAAAAUCAGCUGGUUUAUACUUUACUUCUUGUCUUUUACCACAUUGUCCUAAAUUACCAAAAAGUACUUUAGAAUUAAUAUGUCAAAUAUUUAUUAAAUGUUUUGAAUAUCUUUUUACAAUUCUCAAAAUGGAAAAUAAAAAUGAAGAUGAUGAUAUAUCUUAUAAAUUAAAUAUUCAUUUUUCUCUUAAAGAAGCAUUUACAAUAUUUUAUGGAAUGUUUCCUAAUACAUUAGUUAAUUAUAUUAAAAAACAAUAUAAAUUAGGUAAAAUUACAAAUGAUAUUUUUAAUCAAAUUAUCGAAAAAUUCUUUUCAUCUGUAAAAUUUAAUCCAAUAUUAAUAACUAAAGAUGAAAUUGAUGAAGAUGAAGGAAUUCAUUUAAAUUUUACCAAACCACAUGAUAUUUGGAAUGAAUUUAAUAAUUUAUCUGUAUAUAAUGAAGAUUAUAAUAUAACAUUUAUUAAAUCAAAUGAAAAUUUUCUUUGUAAUGAUAGUUAUUUGGCUAUUGAUAAUUUUUUGACAAAUAAUGAUGUUAUUGAUAUUGGAAAAGAAAUUGUAUUUGAUGAAGAGAAUGAAGAAAUAUAUGACAAAGAUUUAUUUACAAUAUCAAAUAGUAAUAGUAGAAAAGUAUCAAAUGAAUUAAACAAUGCCAAAGAACAAAGAAAUAUUUUUAAUUUAUCUUCUAACAAAGAAAUAUUAGAUGAUGUAAGAACAAAAGUAAUACCUCCAAAAAAAGAUAAUAUAAUUAAAGAAUAUAAGGGAAAGGAAAUUAAAAUAUUAGAAGAAGGUUAUUUAAGUGAUUAUGAUAUUGAAUUUAUAAAUUUUCAAAAAAAACAAAGUAUUAAAAGUGAAUAUAAUUUUUGUGAAAUAAAACAAUCAAAUAAUUCAUUAUUAAAAAAUAGUAAUGAAAAUAUAUUAAAAAAAGAUAAAUGGAAAUCAUUACCAAAUAUUUUAGAAAAUUUAAAUUGUGAUUUUUGUAAAAAGUAUAAAGAAAAUAUUACUAAUAAACCUGAUGUUAUUAUAUCAAAUCUUUUUCAAAAAAAAAAGGAUAAAUAUAUGCAAGCAAGUAAAAUUCAUCAUGAAUGUCUUAUAAAUUUAGGAUUAGGAGAUCGUUUUCCUGGUAUUAUGUAUGAUGAUAUGAAAAAAAUGAUGGAAAAAUUAAAUGAAAAAGAUAAAAUAGAUGUUCUCAAAACAAGAUUAAUACUAGUUAAUCAACAUUUAUUAUUUGAAAGGUAUUCAAGAUUAAUGUACUUAGAAAGAAUUAAAUGUUUAUAUAAUCGAUUUUUACGAGAAAAAAAUAAAAAUAAAUAUUUUAAAUAUUUAGAAUUAACUAACAAAUCACUUGUUGCUGAAGUAAAUUGUCUAAAUCAAUAUAUUACAGAUGUUCAACUUGAAAAACAGAAAGAAAUUGAUAAACAAAAAGAAGAAAUGACCUUAUGGAGAAAUAAACUAAUAAAUCUUAAAAAUGAAAAUGAAGAAUUAAAAAUAAAAAUAGAAAAAUUAAAAAGAAAUAAUGAUUAUAUUCAUAAAAAUGAGCUAAGUGAUAUAGAGUCAAACUAUUUAGCUGUUAUACGUGAUCUUGAAUAUGAGAACGAAUUGUUAAAAAAUGAUAUUAAUAAACUUAGUAAUAUUGAAAAAUCAUUCAAUGAAUGUAAUGACAUAAAUUCGCAAUUGACAGAAAGGUUAAAUGAAUAUAAAUUAAAAAAUGAAAAUUUAAUUGAAGAAUCAAAAAAACAAACCAGUAAAGGUGAUGUUGAAUCUCUAAGAAAUGUUCUUAUAUGUAAAGAGGAUGAAUUAAUUAGAAUGCAACAACAAUUAAAUAAUUCAAGAAAAGAAUUUAAAUCACUUAUACAAAAAUAUAGACAGUUAGAACAAACAUUAGCUUUAGAAUAUCAUAAAAAUAAGGAAAUAAAAAUUCUUACUGCUAGGCAAGCUAAAGCUAACUCAAAAUUCAUAGAAACAUUAAAUGAAAGAUAUAAAACAAUAUCAAUAUUGAAUGAUAAACAAACAGAUUAUAUAAAAGUACUUCUUGGAAUAAUUGAAAAAAAUAAAAAACGUAUACCAACAACAAGUGAAAGUAACAAUCAAGAAUUAGUUAGAAUAUUUGAGGAUAAUUUCUCAUCUGAUAUAGGACAAUUUAGUCAAGAUAAUUUACGUGAUUCUAAUCUUCUUCCUGAAUUAAUUAAAAAUAAUACUGUUGGACAAAGAUAUUUACAAAGUCGUGGUUCUGGAAGAAAUAGUUGGAAUAAUUCAGAGCCAAAUAAAAGUCUCAAUAUAAAUAGAAGAAGAUUUGAUAGUCAAGCAGAAAAUUCUUCAUAA